AAAAAAAGUAAAAUAACCGAUUUUUGCUACCAAAACAAACCUAUUAAAAGACUAUUCGAUCGAGUAUUCAGCCUUUCCAGUUCCGACUUUGUCGCUACGACCAGACAUUUUCGCUAAAGUUCUGCGUUCAUCAAGCUAAAGUUCUGCGUUGUUCUGCAUUCAGUCGAAGCAAAGGUAAGAAUAAAUCAUGUUGGGGGUUAGCAGCUACCUCAGGAAAUUGGGCCGCAUCGGGCAAACCGGCCAGCGAAGCCUCGUGAUGAUGGUGGAGCCCGAGAUGCUAAAAAUCCAAACAUGGAUGGAAAAGAUCUUCAAAACCAGCGACUGCGACGUCACCUUGCUCAGCAGAAGCGGAGGCUACGUCGGUGACGUGAUCUUCACCAAAGUCGUCGUCGGCGAGAACGAGCACCACCUCGCCGUAAAAUUGGGCAAGAAAGAUUACGAAUCCAGGCGUUUGAUGCCCAUCCAAGCCGCCUGCAGGCGCGAGAUCCUCUUCUACAACGAAAUCCUGCCGGCCUUCAACGACCUGCAGAAAGAGAAAGCAGUCGCCCGACCCUUCGACGCCGUCCCCAAAUGCUACGCCACCUUCAUCGACCGGAACUCCGAGGUCAUCGUGCUGGAGAACCUCCUGAAGCGCGGCUACGAGAUGCACAAGGGCUCCGUGCCGCUGAACGUCGACCACCUGAAGAUGGGGCUGAGGAACUUCGCCAAGUUCCACGCGCUGUCGUUCGCGCUGCGCGACCAGAAGUCCGACGUCUUCGAGAAAAUCACCGCCAAUUCGCAGCACAUCUACAGGAGCAGCGUGGGCGUGAUGAAGGACAUCUACGCCGGCUACGUCGGCAGGGUUCUGACGCGAUUGGAGGCGGCCGGCGAGCACCAGCUGAGCAAAAGCUACCAGAAGCUGGUGGAAGGCGGAGCCGGCAGGCUGUUUUUGGAUAUCUACGAUGCGGAACCGAAGGAAAGCGUCCUCACCCAUUGCGAUUGCCACAACAACAACUUCUUCUUCAAGUAUCAGAAUAACAACAAACUGACUCCCGUCGAUAUGAAGAUCAUCGACUUCCAAAUAUCCUGCCUGCACUCCCCCAUUCUGGACCUGUCCUAUUUCUGGUACACGGCCAUAUCGAAGAACGAGGUGCCCCAUUUCGAGGGUCUGAUGGAGUUCUACCACCAGGAGCUGACCGAUUUCAUGGACCAGCUCGGCACCAACGUCGACCAGGUGUUCCCGGUGUCAACGCUCUGGGAGCACUGGGACAAAUACUCCAAGUUCGGCUUCAUGAUGGCCUCCCUCUACAUGGACGUGUUGCUCUUCGAGAAGGAAGAACUGGAACUGGAGUUCGACGCGAACACGGAGGCCAAGAGGGAGCUGAGGGAGGCCUACAGCGAGCGCCUUUGCUCCAUCGUUCAGCACUUCUUUAAACGUUCCUAAGUAAGCGUAGUUGGCUCGUUUGAGGUAUGACAUGUAACAAGUAACAUAUGACGUUUGACUGGAACAUUUACCGACGAGACGAUUGACAGAAGGCAUCAUUCGAUGUUUAAAUGACAAGUACCUCCAAAACGAGUCGUAUUACGUGUAAUUAGUGCAAGGAUUUUUAAUUGUAAUCGGUUUUUUUUGUAUCUUUUAUUGCUGUAAUCGUUUUCAUUAAUGUAAUAAUUGUCAAUUUGUAUUUUCGUGUUUGUAAGAGUGUUAUUUUAAUCAAUUAGGAUAAGCAUACAUUGAAGUGUAAAACGUUUUGUAAUGAAUUUUAUUUUAAAUAAAGAUUUGAUAAUAAAAAUCCUGAAGUAAUACAAA